ACCAAUAAACCAAAGAUUUAAUUCGGUAAAUUUUGGACGAUGACAGUAAUGCAAGUAAUCCUGUGAGAUGGGAAACGGAUGUUCCGGUCAGAACGCUGUUGCCACUGCUCCCGGAGGGAAAGCUGAACCAAAUGAAGACAUGAAAAAGCAAACUCCACAAGAAGAGGAAGACGAAGAAAAAUGGAAUGUUGCUAUUACCGAGGAAAUAGGUCGAAUGUUGGUCGCAAGCUCAAACAACGAAUCUCAAACUAUACUAAAAGACGGCGAUGUGGCUUCAGAUUUACUCUCGGAAAUGGCUGAAAAUUUGUUUCUGCAACAAAAAACGUGGAGCAGUAAAAAGAGUAGUGAUAGACCAUUUGAAGUUUCAUCUCACCCAACACCGAUUGAAAUAGACGAAGAACAAAUUCGAAAAAGACUGAACAAGCGGAGACAUGCAAGGCCUGCGCUCGAUGCCAGCAUAUAUGCAAAAUUACAACACGAAAAGGAGCCUGAUGAACAGUCACAAUCCAAAGAUGCUGCGCCAACCACUCGACCCCAAACAUCAAAAACUGUUUUAAAAACCAGUUUUCAAGACGUUAUAGGUGUGGAAGCGGAAAUUCCUUUUCAGCGAGUUUUAAUAUCGGGUGUCGAGAGUGAAGUAGCAAGCGAAGAAAUUGGAGACCUAGCUUUGAGCUUGAUUCACGUAUUAGGCACUAGGCAACAUUACAUGAGACUUUCAAGGCAAUCAUUUCCAGCAAAUAUAUCAAAAUUUUUGGCUAAAACUACGGGAACGCAAGCACAAGAACCUAUUUUUCCAGAUUUCAUCGAUCCCAUCACCGACACAGUAAUGACUCCAUCUGACGAGAAGUCUCUGAUUGUUUCAACAAAAGCAGGACUUAUCACAAUAACUAAUGAAGCAGGCGAAGAAGUUCUGCUGCCAUGCAUUAACAGAGACAUAUUUAUAAAAAAUAGAAAUCUGUUAUAUGCUUUGGUAGCUGACGGCCCCUUAAAAUCAUUCUGUUAUCAUCGACUUUCUUACCUGAAAUCAAAAUUUCGUCUUCAUCGACUUUUGAACGAAGUCAGUGAGUCAGAGGCAAUGAAAAAUCCAGGAACAACGGCGAGAAGAGAUUUUUACAAUGUCCGAAAGGUUGAUACACACAUACACGCGGCGGCAUGUAUGGGCCAGAAACAUUUGUUGGGUUUCAUGCAUGAAAAAGCGAGAACGGAGCCCGGUGCUGCUGUUUUGAUACGAGAUGGAAAGACAAUGACACUAAAGCAGGUGUUUGAUAGCUUGAAGUUGGAUCCACUUUUUCUCAACGUCGAUUCGUUGGAUGUUCAUGCAAAUAGACAAACGUUUCAAAGAUUUGAUCGUUUCAAUAAUCUCUAUAGUCCCAUGGGUGCAUCAGAGUUACGUGAAAUAUUUUUGAAAACAGACAACAAUACCGGUGGAGAAUACUUUGCUCAAAUAAUAAAACAAGUUGAAGAAAAAUUGUGCGAUCAAAAAUAUCAUCAUUUAGAGUUGAGAAUUUCAAUAUACGGGAAAAGCUAUGAUGAAUGGGAAAACCUUGCUAACUGGUUUGCUCGGCAUAAACUUGAAAGCAUUCAUAUACGUUGGCUAAUUCAAGUUCCUCGUCUAUAUGAUGUUUACAAAGCUAAAGGGGUUGUUUCAACUUUUCAAGAUGUCUUGGACAACGUCUUCCGACCUAUAUUAGAAGCUACAUUGUGGCCAAACCGACAUAAAGCUAUGCAUACAUUUUUGAGACACGUGAUAGGAUUUGACAGUGUUGACGACGAAUCCAAACCGGAGCCGGGCUUCAUGAAGAGGACUUCUCCAACUCCCGACUGCUGGGCGCGAGACACAAAUCCUUCCUACGCAUAUUACAUCUACUAUAUGUACGCUAAUGUUGCAAGACUCAAUCACAUGAGGCAUUUGAGAGGAAUGAACACAUUCUCAUUGCGGCCUCACUGUGGCGAAGCUGGUCAUCACGAUCAUCUUUUAACAAGUUUUAUUCUUGCUGAUAAUAUUUCUCACGGCCUGGUGUUGAAAAAGAUUCCUGUUCUGCAAUAUUUGUAUUAUUUAGCUCAGAUCGGUAUCGCCAUGUCGCCACUGAGUAAUAAUCAUUUGUUUCUCGAAUACAAUAAAAAUCCUUUUCCUGACUAUUUUGCUCGAGGGUUGAACGUCUGUCUCUCUACCGACGAUCCUCUUCAAUUUCAUUUUACGAUGGAGCCUUUGAUGGAAGAAUAUGCGGUAGCGGCACAGGUUUGGAAGCUGAGUGUGUGUGACAUGUGCGAAAUAGCACGCAAUAGUGUUAUGAUGAGCGGUUUUUCACAUAAAGAAAAGCAACGAUGGCUUGGCGAAUCGUACAGGUCCGAAGGGGCGAAAAGUAACGAUAUAUGUCGAACGAACGUUCCAGAUAUUAGAAUUGCUUAUCGACACGAAACUCUGUGUGACGAACUUCAGCUGUUAUACGAAGCGAUCGCUCUUGCUAGAGACUCCAGAGCAUCUCUUUUUCAUAAAGAUUGAGAGACGGAAAAUUAAAAUAUUCUACUUUCAUUUUAUUUUUUAGCACCCCAAUAAUAUACAUUCAUUCCACCAUGUAUAAUUUUUGGCCGAAAAGUGGCCUAGAAAUGGGAUGAACCGGUAAAGUAUAUUUUUUGUAAGACUUAUUUAUGAAAGAGAGCGUAUAUUACUCAAAUUAUACAACAGAAAUCAGAGCAUACAAAAGCAUAUUAAUUCAUCUUGAAUUUUUUACUGCCCAGUAUGCGGUCGCUGGAUUCCUUAUUAGUGACGCAAUGCAAAAAAAACUGUUUGCAGGUUGGUAACUGGGUGCAAGAAAAAUUACAUGGCUUUUUUAAACUGUAUGUAAUACUGAGGAAAGGUAUGUAACACUCACUCAGAAGAAACAAAGCUUUACUCACAUUUGAGCAAAGUUACGGGCGACCACAGAAAUACCAAGAACUACUACAGUCAUACAAAAUUAUCAUAAUGCAUAGGCGCUAGUAAAUCCUAGUUGGCAAAGUUGCCGUAUUUAUUCCGAAUCCAUUAAUUGAAGAUUGGUUACAGUUUUAAUUGUGAAUAAUCAAAAUAAACUCAUGCAAGUCACGAAAACUUUGAAGCCGAAGAUAUAACAGCUGUUCGACAAAAGUCCUGUUGUUUACAGCAAAGUGAGUGAAUGAUAAAUAGCAGGGUUAGAACAUCAGGUUCAACUUCAAUAAAACCCCGGGAUCCCAAGAAGGCAUUCUCUGUCAAAAAUUCCCUCACUUAUUAUAGUAUAGCAUUCGAAUAAAUUAUAUUUUAUAUAAGUUAAAUACAAUACCGCAAAAGUUCACGUUACCGACAGUCGGGAAAUCUUUAAAAACCUCCGUUUGAGACAAAUUGCUUCGUGUUCACAUUACGUAUGUGUCCAAGUGGAUUCGUGUCGGUAUAUUCCCGCCAAUCCUAUUUCUCUUUAAGAUCAUGGUUCACACUUUAAGUUCAAAUACGGUGUUUCCCCGAAAAUAAGACCUAGCCUGAA